CGGUCAGAUCUCCCUGAGCACCUUACCGUUGAACACGCAGUUGUUGCGCUUAACAAGUCAAGAUGCUUGUCCGCGAAGGCACUGCCGCGCAGUGAGCCAGAUAUAAAGUCGCGCUCCACAACCAUUUCCACAGCAGCUCCCAAGCCACAACUGCUUUACUUUUCCUACCUUGCUUAAUUAUCUCCUAGUUGACUAGCCACAGCCAUGAAGCAGACCGUCGUUCUGUACCCCGGCGGCGGCGUCGGCCACGUCGGCCCCAUGACGCAGCUCGCCAAGUUCUUCCUCGAGCAUGGCUACGACGUCACCAUGGUGCUCCUCGAGCCGCCCAUCAAGUCGUCCGACUCCAACGCCAGCUUCAUCGAGCGCGUCGCGGCCUCCAACCCGUCCAUCACCUUCCAUGUACUCCCGCCGAUCCCACCACCUGACUUCGCCAGCUUCACCAAGCACCCUUUCCUGCUCGUGCUUGAGUUGAUGCGCCAGUACAACGAGAAACUCGAGAGCUUUCUCUGCUCCAUCCCCCGGGAGCGCUUGCACUCCCUUGUCAUCGAUAUGUUCUGUACCCAGGCCAUCGACGUCGCCACCAAGCUGGGCGUCCCCGUCUACACGUUCUUCGCCUCGGGCGCCGGAACUCUGGCCGUCCUGACGCAGUUGCCGACCCUGCUUGCUGGUAGGCAAACUGGCUUGAAGGAGCUUGGGGACAUGCCCCUCGAGUUUCUUGGGGUUCCGCCGAUGCCGGCGUCCCAUCUCAUCAGGGAACUGCUCGAGGAUCCGGAGGACGAGAUGUGCAAGACCAUGAUGAACAUAUGGAAGCGCAACAUGGACACCCAUGGCGUUCUGGUCAACACGUUCUAUUCGUUGGAGAGUCGGGCCGUGCAGGCGUUCAGGGAUCCCCUUUGCGCCCCCGGCCAGGUGCUGCCUCCGGUCUAUUGCAUCGGCCCGUUGACUGGCAAGGGCGCGACGGACGAAGAGAAAGCGGAGAGGCACGAGUGCCUCGCGUGGCUUGACGCGCAGCCGGAGCGCAGCGUCGUGUUCCUUUGCUGGGGAAGCAAGGGCACGCUACCCGAGGAGCAGCUCAAGGAGAUCGCCAUUGGCCUGGAAAAGUCUGGGCAACGGUUCCUGUGGGUUGUUCGCACGCCGGCCGGCAGCGACGACCCGAAGAGAUACUUGGAGCAACGCUCCGAGCCAGACUUCGACGUGCUCCUGCCGGAGGGAUUCUUGGAGCGGACCAAGGACCAGGGUCUCGUCAUCAAGUCAUGGGCACCGCAGGUGGAUGUACUCAACCACCCAGCGACAGGCGCGUUCGUGACCCACUGUGGGUGGAACUCGGCGCUAGAGGCAAUCACGGCGGGUGUGCCGAUGCUGUGUUGGCCAUUGGGUGCAGAGCAGAAGAUGAACAAGGUGUUCCUGACCGAGGACAUGGGCGUCGGGGUGGAGAUGGAGGGGUACAAGACAGGUUUCAUCAAGGCCGAGGAGAUAGGAGCGAAGGUGAGGUUGGCGUUGGAGUCCGAGGAGGGGAGGGAGCUUAGGAAACGAGCUGUGGAGCUGAAAAAAGAAUCCGAUGGUGCGCUGGAGGACGGUGGCUCAUCGCGAGAGGGAUUUCUUCAAUUCUUGUCGGAUGUUAAGAAUCUUAGAGAAUAGAGAGUAGCUCGGGGAGUGACGAAUUUGCAACUGUUCUUGGCGUUUAUGUUUGUUUUGUUGUCCAACUUCUUGUCAGUCCUCGUGUACUCAUGUUGUCUAAUUAGCCAUUUUCUGUACCGUUCUUAAGGAACAUCUGCUGGAAUAAAAGAAACAAUUAAUGA